CCACUGCUAGUCGUCGACGUCAUCUCUCUGUAUAAAUCAGACGAACGAGUUGUUUUUGUUAGACAGCAUUGCGGUAGAUAUUUUCUGACGUGGAGGAUCUUAUCCAUCCAAACCUUUUCAAAUGGGCCCCGUCGCCUAGCGUUUUCUCCCCGAAGCCUCCGACUGAAUUGAGUAGGGUGCUCUAAUAACAUCUGCAAGAGCGGCAGAAGAAGGGUUUCCAUCUAAGUCACUAUUGACACGAGUCUGUAAAAUGGCAGCCAUCCCAUCUAGUGGUUCCCUUGUUGCUACUCACGACUACUACAGAAGGCGCAUUGGCUCUACGUCCAGUAGCAGCUCAUGUGGCAGUUCAGAGUACAGUGGGGAGGUUAUUCCACAUCACCCAGGUCUGCCCAAACAGGAUUCUGGUCAUUGGUGGUCCAGUUUCUUCUUUGGGAAGCAGAACCAGCCUGGGAUGGGAACUCUUACUGAGGAGGCUCAGCAGAAGUCAGGGGGGGUGAGUGUGACCAAUGGGCAGGUGACAUGUAUCGCUCGGGAGAUGGUGAUGAGGCAAGCGAGUGAAAGUAGCGAUGGAGGCAAGUCGGAGGCGGGGAGUUCUCCUCAUUCCUGAAUCGGACACCAGAUCAGGAAACCAACGCUAGGGGACGGAAUCGGCUCCCCUUUUCUUUUCCUCUUAAUUUCCCAUCCAUAUGGGCUGUUUUAGUAUAUAUAUUAUAUAACACUUUUUUUUUUUCAUUUUUUGUAUGCAUUGUUUUAUAAAUAUAUAUCAUGUAAUAAAUGAAAGAGCUGAAACUUGCAAAAAAAAACAUUUGUACAUUUUUACACAUCUCUAACACUGAUGACCUGUUUUUGUUACUUGUUGUUGUCUUAUCCUGUGUUUUUCAACACAAUAAAUGGUCUUAAACAGCCCA